AGCUCCGGGAUUUCGCUUGACAAGAUGGCGGCAGCGGGGUGGCAGCGCUGGCGUUUUGGCGUCUUGGCAUCUCCCGGCUUCUGAGGCGGGCGCAGUUCCGCGGUGCUGGGCCCGCGAGGCCCAGGCAUGGCCUUUCCGCCGCCGGCCGCCCUCCUUUUGGGGCUCUUCCUUCUGCAGAGCGUCCUGAGGCCUCUGUGGGGGGACCUGGUUUUCAUCCCUUCUUUCAUCCGAAUGUCCGGCCCGGAGGCCCGCGCGUUCCUGGUCGUCGGAGAUACCGCGAAUGUGACCGUGUCCCUGGCCGUGUUGCGUGACGAGGCGGGAGUCUUGCCGGUUCCAACUUGUGUCGGGCUGACCACUCAGGCAGAAAACUGGAGUGUGACUGUGACCCCCAGCGCAGUAAGGCCACAGGAUGUGCUGGAAGUGACAGUAAGGUUGAUGAAGGGUCUGGAAUGGUGUUCCUCUAAUGAGACAGAUUCUGUCUCAGAGUCCCCGUGCAUCCUCCAAACUCUUCUGGUUUCAGCAUCUCGCAGUUCGUCCUGUUUGGCACAUCUACUCAUUCAGGUGGAAAUGUACGCCAACUCUUCUCUGACCCGUAACGCCUCAGAGAAUGUGACUGUUAUUCCUAACCAGGUGUAUCAGCCCCUUGGUCCUUGUCCUUGUAAUUUAACAGCCGGGGCCUGUGAUGUUCGCUGCUGCUGUGACCAGGAAUGCUCAUCCGAGUUAACAGGACUGUUCCGACAGUCCUGUUUCCCCGGCGUGUUUGGAGGCGAUGUCAAUCCUCCAUUCGAUCAGCUCUGCUCCACUGGGAGGACGCACCGUGUCCCCGAGUGGUUUCCCCUCCUGUGUGUGCAGUCGUCCCUUGCCAACACGCCCUUCCUCGGUUACUUCUACCACGGUUCCGUUUCCCCUAGACAGGACUCUUCCUUUGAAGGAUAUUUGCAUACGGAUCCAAAAGACUUUUCAGACUUUGGUUACAAACAAGGAGACCCAAUUAUGACUGUAGAUAAGGCGUAUUUUACUAUCCCACAGGUGUCCCUGGUUGGGCAGUGUGUGCACAAUGCCCCUGUGGCAUUUCUUCAGAAUUUUGAUGUUAAAUGCAUUACUGAUUUGGAAAUACGCCAAGAACAAGAUGGUAUUCUCAAUGUGAAGAUAAAGAGUGGUGCUAUGGAAAGACGUAUGUUACAUUUCUUUGAAAAAAGAACACAGGCCCGAGUGUCCCUGGUUGGGCAGUGUGUGCACAAUGCCCCUGUGGCAUUUCUUCAGAAUUUUGAUGUUAAAUGCAUUACUGAUUUGGAAAUACGCCAAGAACAAGAUGGUAUUCUCAAUGUGAAGAUAAAGAGUGGUGCUAUGGAAAGACGUAUAGUUACACCACAAGUAACCUAUGAGGCCAGAACUGACCUAGACAAAUUCAUCACCAACGCAGAAAUUCUUUUAAAUGACGGAUCAGCCUCCAAACGUGUGAAUGUAGAAGAACAUUACAUUUUCAUAUGGAAUAAUAAGACAAUCCAUGGAAUAAAUGUCAAAAUUAUCUGGGCAGAAAUUAAUGCCCACCAGAAAGGAAUAAUGACACAGAGAUUUACAGUAAAAUUUUUAGGCUAUAACAGUGGUAAUGAAGAGGAAACAUCUGGAAAUCCAGGUUACCAACUUGGCAAGCCUGUCCGAGUUCUAAAUACCAAUGGAACAAAUAAUGACACAACUUUUCACCUUUGGCAGUCAGGUAAUCCAGGGUUAUGUACGUCAGCAACUUUCAAACUUUUAUUUGGAGAAAAUGCACUAUCUGGGUGCUUAUUAGAAGUUGGGAUUAAUGAAAACUGUACUCAGCUCAGGGAGGAAGCUGUUGAAAGACUGGCUUCAUUAAUAAAAGCGACUCAUGUUGCAAUGAGAGGCAACUCCAAUUACAGUGACCUUAGUGAUGGCUGGCUCGAGAUAAUACAUGUAGAGGCCCCUGACACGGGGGCAGACCUGCCUGUCAGCAGCGCCAACGGCAUCUGCCCGGAUGUUCCUGCUCAGCUGCAUAUCCGCAUCCUCAUCUCGGAUGCUGGCUUGGUGGAAGGGAUUACUCAGCAGGAGAUACUUGGAGUAGAGACAAGGUUCUCCACCGUGAACUGGCAGUACCAGUGUGGCCUUGCCUGUGAGAAUAAGAGUGACCUUUUCCCUAUUGGAGCAUCAGUCCAGUUUAUUAACGUACCUGCACAGUUGCCCCAACCCCUGACAAGAUUCCAGAUCAAUUUUACGGAGUAUGACUGUAACAGAAAUGAGGUGUGUUGGCCUCAACUUCUCUAUCCAUUGACCCAGUAUUAUCAAGGUGAACCUUAUCCUCAGCGUGUUGCCAAGGGCUUACUGUUGGUAUCGUCUCUCAUGCUGGCUGUGCUCCUCAGCAAGCCCUGGACCAGAAUGUUCCAAGCUUGGAGUCUGACUACCACCUGACUUCUUAAAGACUAUAGACCCUUACUUCUGUGAUUUGUUAUAGUGCUAUGUGCCUCUUUGUAAAAUUUUAAUAAAUAAAAGGUUUUUCUUUUUUUUUC